AUGACCAGAAACGUCGCUCAGCCGGAGCUCAAAGACACGCCGGUUACAUCAGCAAAUGCAGCUAAACGCGACGAACAAGCCGCAGAAACUCAUUCAUACAUUGCGUAUGCGACUGACAUGAAGAACGACACACAAACGGCCGCAACGCGUAAGUGGCUUGAAGGCAUUGUGAAAGACAAAUCGAAGUUGUUUGAGAGGAGAGGCUUCCCAUGGGAGCCUGAAGAAGUCCCCAACGAUGAACUACAAAAGCUGUACGAUGAAGGACGAUGGGACGAAGGAAUAGACAGCUACGAGAAACCUUACGCAUGGUCGCAUUUGAUCCUGGACCAAGCAGGAUUCGAGCUGAUAAAAGCCAAGAAAGAAUGGAUCGAGACAAUCGAGCUGGAAUCGAAUUUGAAAGUCGUGGGAAUGAGCCCACUUGGCGAUCUCAAGCACACUAGUCAUGAGUCCUUACACUCCCGCAAGGCUGAGUGGGGCGACUGGGCCAAGCAGGAGAAUGCGGCCAGCGAUUUGACUCAAAAUAGUAAUUAUGAGAAAGAUUUCGUGUUCGAAAAGAGAGCUGGGGAAGGAACACUUGUCUAUGUUGUUGACAGAGGUGUUCAAGUCGACGUCAGAGAUGUACGCCCCUUCCUCCAACUACUCCAUACCACUUUCCUAAUUUCAUACAAGGACAAAAGCAACAAAUUGUUUUCCGGAUUCGAGGACGUCAAUGACAGAUUUACAAUCCUCGAGACACGGGCGUUCAGCAAUCAAAACGCAGCGCACGAUAAAAGAACAGAUUAUGCCGACGGUCACGGGACGAAAGUCGCAUCCAAGGUCGUGGGUCAGUGGGGCACAGCAAAAGGCGCAACCUUGGUUCCAGUACAAGUCCUGGUUGACGAGUUUGCUGACUUACCAGAUGGCUUCAACCAAGUUUGGAAAGACCUCCGUCGAAGAAAGGCGCAGAACAGAGGACAGAGCAUUCAAGCGGUCGUAGUCUGUAGCGUUCAUGUCGUACCUUCGCAGGGUGGCUGGACGCGCCAAGAAGCGGAGGCUCAGUUCGUUGGCCGAAUGUUCUCCAAGUGGAUAAAGCUAUUACAUGAAGAAGGGGUACCUAUUGUUCUUGCUUCCGGGAACUUUGGCGAUAUCGACAAACGAGACGUCAUUGAUACGCUCCCAGCCGUUUUAGCAACCGAUGAUGUCCCGCUCAUCAACGUUGGAGCCACUACUGUGGAAGGCAAAGCGUGGGAAAAAUCCCAAGGGCAAGGGUCUCAAGAUGGCACACAGCUCGCAAUAUAUGCCCCGGGAGUAGAUGUAGUCGUUCAUGACCACAUCGAUGGCAAAGAGACACGGGCCACGGGAACAUCGAUGGCGGCUCCUGCGGUUGCCGGCAUCAUUGCAGUACACAUGAACUAUCAACCAUGGGGUAAAGACAACACUGGCCUUGCAAGAGUGAAAGAGAUAAGGCGAUGGAUACAGACACCGGAAUCCAGCUGGGAGCGUAUCAAGAACCAGUUUCCUGACAAGCCCAACAUGAAGGUGAACAUGAUUUGGAACGGCGCAGAUGAAGCUGCACACAAGUCCGUCAGUGAUAGCGCGUCAAACUCACCACCGCCACCACCGCAGGUGCAGAACGAACGCCAGACGUUCGUGGUAGGUCUGGAACAAGUCGGCAUUCCCCGCUGCACAACCUACACUCCAUCAGGCACUAAUACAAAGCCUACCACCAUCUGCACCGAGGCACACGACUACAUGUAUCGGCAUUUCUUCUACCGACUGGACCGCGUUGAUGAUGUGGAUAGUCUCUGCACCUCGACGCUGAUCGAUUUUCACCAAGAUCAGCUGGGUCCAGUCGGCGAUGUUAAGCUACUUGAAAACCCUGUGUGGCCUCGUGGGGAGUGGAAGUUCAACUUGUAUGGGGAACAGUUUACCUAUAACAACGACGGUAGCAACCCGGGUGCACUGUGGAAGGGUAAUCGAAAGAUCGAUUGCAAUGGCGACUUGGAACACCAUGGUGAGAAGCCCCGAUGCUAG